AUGGGCUGCAAUAUUUCUAGCCGGGUUGCUGUCACACAGCUGUCUUCUGAGGAGCUACAGAACAACCAGGAAGCGAAAAGUCAGACUAAAAAUGACAGCAUUGCUGGAACCGAGGCUGACCCCUCACUGGGACAGGCAGCACAGCCAACGGGCACUUCAAAGGAUGGAGCCAAACUUGAAGAUGAAUCCAAUAAGAGACACUCCCCUGAGGAACUACCAGAAAGGUUUACACCUUUGUGCAGCAACACACAAUGCACAGAUGCACUGCUCACCAGUGAGUUCAUCAGUGAAUCAUGGCCCUUAUAGGAAACCAAGAGGCAAAAAUCAUCAGCCAUUCUUGAGGAGCUGAGGAUACAGGGAAUAAUCAAGAGCCAACAUACCACUAGCAGGACUGGAGAAAACAAAAGAGAUGCCCUGGAAAAGACACUGAAGAAACCACCAGCUAGGCUGGCAAAAAUCCAGUUUGGAAGCAGUGAUUUUACAGUGAAGGACAUGAAAACUUCAGUUGAAGCAAAAAAACCCAAACAGGUUUCGGAGGAGGAACUCGACAAAAUACCACAAUACAUCACAUUUUUUCCCAGCAACUGCCCCCAAACCACAGGGAAACAGAAUGAAAAGAACUGCUCGUGUUUUGAAAUAACUGCAGUAGAAGCCACAAACAGUUCUACUGAGGACUCUGCUGUUGUGUCCGAAACUUACAGCUGCAUCGACAGAACAAUCUGGAUCUAA